AUGGAUGAUAUUCACGUUGCAAUCGAUAGGGGCGGCACCUUUUGCGAUGUGAUCGCUACAGGCGCUGAUGGAAGCGAUCCUUUCAUCUUCAAGCUCUUAUCAGAGGACCCAUCCAACUAUCCAGAUGCGCCAGCUGAGGCAAUUCGAAGAGUUUUAGAGAAGUAUCAAGGAAAAGCCAUUCCUGUCGGUGAUAAGCUCGAUGCUUCAAGAAUUGCAUCAUGCCGUAUCGGCACCACCGUUGCGACAAAUGCUCUCCUCACGGGCAAUGGCGAGAGGUUUGCUUUUGCAACUACCAAAGGGUUCAAGGACGUUUGCGUUAUUGGAGACCAGUCUCGUCCUGAGUUAUUCAACCUUGAGAUACGCAAAGCAACCGCCCUCCACUCCAGUGUUAUCGAGAUUGAUGAGAGGGUCACCAUAGAAGACUAUGAUCUAAACCCUCACAAGCAAGAAAGAGUCAACAUUGAGAACGAUACGGACCUGGUUAAAACUACAAGCGGCGAGGUUAUCCGGAUUCUCAAGAAGCCCGAUGAGCAAAUCGUACGGCAACAGCUCGAGACCCUACUGGAACAAGGCUACACGUCGCUCGCAGUCUGCUUCAUGCAUGCUUAUAUCUAUCCAGACCACGAGAAUAUGGUGGCCCAGAUAGCAAACGAAAUUGGUUUCCAAUUCGUCGCCAUCUCGUCUGAGACCAGCCGAGCGAUCAACUUCCUCAGAAGGAGCAACUCUACUUGUUCAGAAGCUUACUUAUACCCUAUAAUCAGACGAUACAUCGACAAUUUCCAUGCAGGCUUCCAGAUCCCUCCUCAGAGGGUCGAGUUUAUGUGUUCUGACGGUGGGCUCAAGCAGUCCAAUAAGUUUCGAGGAAACGAAGCACUGUUGAGCGGACCAGCUGGCGGUGUUGUAGGUGCUGCGAAAUGUUUCGACGCUGAUGAGGGGACACCUCUUAUUGGAUUCGAUAUGGGUGGUACAAGCACUGAUGUGUCGAGAUAUGACGGUAAAUACGACUUUCUCCAACAGACAUCCAUCGCUGGGCGGACUAUCAACCUAUCCAUGCUCAAUAUUGCAACUGUAGCUGCGGGGGGUGGAUCAAUCUUGUUUGCCCGCAAUGGACUCUUAUCCGUUGGCCCAGAGUCUGCUGGAGCGCACCCGGGGCCUUCAUGCUACAGGAAGGGAGGUCCACUGACCGUUACCGAUGCCAAUCUGUUCCUCGGACGGCUUGUACUUUCAUCGUUCCCCGCCAUCUUUGGAGAGUCUGGAGAUCAAGAGAUAGACACAGAGAUCGUGGCUCACAAGUUUGAGGAAAUUACUCAAGACUUCAAUCGACAGACGUCUCAGAAUCUUACAUGCGAGGAGGUCGCUUCAGGGUUCUUGAAUAUCGCCAAUGAGACAAUGAGUCGACCUAUCCGCAAUGCGACCGAGGCUAGAGGCUACGCUCCUGAGAGUCACGAUCUCGUGAGCUUUGGUGGUGCAGGUGGCCAGCAUGCAUGUGCUAUUGCCGAUAAGCUUGGUAUCAAACGCGUCAUCAUACACAAACUUUCAUCACUACUCUCAGCUCAUGGUAUCGCGCAUGCGGAGCUUCAGUGUGAGAUGUUCGAGCCAUUCGCAUCCGAGCUCGAUACAAAAGCCAUGAACAGUGUUGAAAGCCUCUUGUUUAAGCUCAAAGGCAAGGUGGCGAAGGAGUUGGUGUCCCAAAAUGCUUCAGAGGAAAGCUUGGUCUUCGACGAGGUACUUGUGUUGAAGUAUUUUGGUACUGAUACAAAUCUUUCCAUCUCCAAACCCGCUGAUGGCGACUAUGCUACUGCCUUUACAGCUCUUCAUCUACGCGAAUUUGCCUUUUCAAUGAAUAGGCCGAUUAUUAUCGAAUCUGUCAAGGUUCGCGGCUCAGGAACUACUGGUUCACCGAGUCAUGAGACGUCAGCGUACAAAGAGAUGGCUUCAAGUAGACGAAAGCUGCUCUCUGACAGUGCUGUGAGGCAAAGAGUAUAUAUUGAUGGCUCAUGGCAGGAGACGAGUGUCUUCAAGCUGGGUGGUGUUCCUGAAGGUAGUCUCAUCAACGGCCCAGCGAUUAUAAUCGACGAGACACAGACAAUACUUGUCGAACCUCUCUUCCAGGCACAUAUCCUAGUCAACUAUGUUGUGCUGGAAAAAGUAGCUCCUGUAGAAGGAUCACUCAAAUAUCCUGCUUCACGCAUCUUAUCUACACCGAAUGACAGCCUAAGUCCCAUUCAACUAUCCGUGUUCGCCCAUCGCUUUAUGGCCAUCGCCGAGCAAAUGGGCAACACCCUCCAACGAACCUCUAUCUCAAGCAGCAUCAAAGAACGGCUCGACUUCUCCUGCGCCAUCUUUUCCCCCGAGGGUAAACUUGUCGCCAACGCUCCCCAUAUCCCAAUCCAUCUCGGAAGCAUGCAAUUUGCUGUCCAAGCCCAGCACCGCCACUGGAGCGGAAAGCUUAAACCUGGCGAUGUUCUUUUAACGAACCAUCCUUCCUGGGGCGGAACCCACUUACCAGACUUGACAGUAGUGACACCUGUUUUCGUGGGAGAAGAGAUAGCAUUCUAUGUUGCAUCUCGUGGUCACCAUACCGAUAUCGGCGGUAUGGGUAUUACGAGCAUGAUGCCCGAAUCACGGUCUCUAUGGGAGGAAGGUAUAAUAGUACCAUCCAUGAAGAUCGUCAGCAGUGGCGAGUUCCUUGAAGGUGAAGUCAGGGCCGCGUUCGAGAAAGUCGGUACUUAUCCCGGCUGUAGUGCUACACGCCGUAUUCAAGACAACAUUUCAGAUCUCAAAGCACAGACAUCAGCUAAUCAGCGCGGUAUAACUCUUCUUCAGAAGCUGUGCAACGAAUACUCGUUAGAAGUGGUGCACGAGUACAUGACGGGUAUCCAAGAUAAUGCAGAGCUUGCAGUACGAGACUUCUUUAAGAAACUGGCUCAUGAGCAUCCGGGUCCUCUAUCAGCGACAGAUUACCUGGACGACGGUACUGUCAUGAAAGUCAGGAUCAAUAUUGACAAAGAAACAGGCAGUGCUGUAUAUGACUUUGCUGGCUCAGGUCCCCAGAUGUGGGGGAAUUAUAACUGUCCGAUUUCCAUCACCCACUCGGCGAUUAUCUACAGUAUCAGAUGCUUGGUCAAUCUUGAAAUCCCCCUCAAUGAGGGCUGCUUAGCGCCAUGCGACAUUCGUGUGCCCGUGGGCUCUAUCCUCAGUCCCACUCCGACUGUGGCCAUUUGUGGCUCAACACUAGCAAGUCAACGAGUAAUCGACCUAGUGCUGCGUGCUUUCGGUCGCUUUGGCGCAAGUCAGGGCUGUGCAAAUGCUUUGGGUUGGGGCAUGGGGGGCAAGAAUCCAGUGACGGGCAAGAUUGAACCAGGAUGGAAUUAUGGAGAGUCGAUUGGUGGAGGCGUCGGUGCUGGUGAAGGCUACGACGGCGCGAGCGGCGUGCACGUCCAUUCUACCAACACCCGUCAAACCGACAGUGAGGUGAUAGAAAAGCGCACUGCCGUCCUGGUACGUAGAUAUGGCAUCCGAGAGGGCAGCGGCGGUAUAGGGCGGUGGCGUGGUGGUGAUGGCAUCGUUCGUGAGAUCGAAGCGCGCACGAGUCUCAAGUUCAGUAUCCUGAGUGAUCGACGUGUGUACAGACCCUACGGAAUGGCUGGGGGCCAUGGGGGCCAAAGGGGCGAGAACCUUGCUUUCAAGUUCAAUGAGCAGCAUGAGAUGGAAGCAAUCAAUCUAGGUGGUAAGGCGGUUAUACAUCUUGAGCCUGGAGAGUAUAUCCGAAUCAAUACGCCGGGAGGAGGCGGCUAUGGACCGCCGACUGAUGAUGAGGUUGAUUUUAGCACCGAUGACUUUCAUAAGGCUUUUGUCUAA